GCAUGAGCGCCACCGUUGCUGUUGACUUUUUGACCCACCCUAUGAGUUAUGUUGGUUAUGUCUCUUAUUUCUAAUCUUUGAUCUUCUUGCAGUCUUCUUUGGUCUUCUUUUUGAUUAAGUACAUAAUAUUGUGUUCCAUCUCGCAUUUGUAUAUUUUCAGCAAUAAUUUAAAAACCGAGUGAUUAAAAUUUGUUCCUUGAGAAAUAUUUCAUAAGUAGAAAGAACAUUUUCUUAUUUUUUAAAUAUUUAUUAUAUAUCAUUAGUGUUAUGAAAAUAUUAUCAACUACAAAGUGUCAUUGAAAUUACCGAUUGUCUUAAAUCACAAUAUUUGAAGUAGGAAGUCAUUUUCACCUUUUACCAUUGCUCUGUGCGAGGAUAACAGCCGUUUGCAGAUACGUACUUUUCCAAUUUUCUUUUUGUAAACUUUGUUGGAACUUUAUUAAUAAUUAUGCAUAAACGAUUAAAAGCUAUACACAAAUAUUAUAAUAAUUUGGAAUAUAAUAGAAUCAGCAAAGAAGAAGCACUAAGAAAUAUAUCCAUCUUAACUAAGAAGGUGCAAUUAAAAAAUAUUGAUUGGUUAAAUAGAUUCUCCUUUACAGCUACUCUAACGAAAGAAAAUUUGUCCAUUUUUCAAUCUGCCUCUGAGCAUGUAGAUAUAGUUACUGAUAUUAUUCAAGUAUUAAAUGAACUUGAUUUUCAAAUAACAACAUUAGAAAGAAAUAAUUUGACGGACGAAGUGCUCUUUCAAUGUCAUUUAUUCCCAGCAAUGAUUUUCAUAUAUACUACAUGGAAAGAAUCUGAAGUGCAGUUAUUUUUUGAAGAUAGCAUCCUUGAAGAUACAAAGUUUGAUAGCAAAUUAAUUCGCAAUGAGAUAUAUAAUAUAAAAACUUUUAUAUCUAGAAGUUCUAAUGAAAUGAUGCUUCUACAAGACUCAGAUUUGUAUGCAGUUAUUAGUUAUUUAAUGAUAACAAGAAAAUUUACUUUAAAUAAAAUUUGGGUGCAACAACAAAUACAAGAGAAAUUUUUAUCACUUUUAAAGAAGAAUUUUCAUCAUUUAGAUUUUCCUAUUUGUAUGUUUCGAUUCGAGAAAGAUUUACUUACACCUAUAAAAAAUGAUAACGUUAUAAAAAUAACAUCCAUAUGGUCAGAAAAUAUUGUGACUGCAAAGAAUUUGGCAUUUUCUUUACAUAGAGAAAUUAUAUACAUAAAUGCACAUAUGAAUACCCACUGUUUGAACAAGUCACCUCUAUUGGGAGUAUUUGAGAAAGCAAUGCGUGAUGCAUUCUUAUACAACAUACAUCAUUUAAAAACACAAUUUAAAAUGAAACCAAAUGAAAUUUUCAACGAUAAUGCUCAAAACUAUCCACUUUAUAAUGCAUUUUAUUAUGGUGCAUGGAAGGCCGCGAAUGUCACGUAUGUGAUUCGUAAAGGCGGUUCAUGGGCAUACAUAACGAUUGACAAUAUUAAAGAAUGUAUUGAUUCAGCUAACAAAGGAUUAGAAAUUUGGAGUGCUAUGUCUUAUGAUUCUAGAUUGCAAGUAUUAUCUAACUUUGUGUUCACAUUAGAGUGCAAUGGUAAAUUUUUAUUGGCAAAUGUAAUAUCAAGAUUAAUAAAAGGUUCAUAUCUUGUUAAAAAUCAUUUAAUGUGUUAUGAAAAGGGAAGAUUUGAAAUAACAGACCAACAUUACCCAAAAGGUGUUAUUUUUCUUAAGGAAGAAAAUGAAAUUACUUUAUUUUCAAGAUUAACACAAAUUUUAAUUACUGGCAAUUCUGUCAUUGUGCUGUGCGAUGCAAAUUCUUGUAACCUGGCACCAUAUUGUAAUAUGUUUGCAACAGCUCAGAUACCUUCAGGUGUUAUAAAUAUGUUGCCAAUUGAAAGUUUAGAAGAUUUGGAAAAAUUUUUAUUUGUUGAUUCUUAUGCAGACUAUACAGCUAAUUUUUUUUUUCGAAAAUCUCAGAUGAAUAAUUUAACAUUGGAGGACCUUAGCAUGUUCAAGCAAAUUAUAGUUGCUAUUAAAUAAUUUUAUUAUAUAUAGGUGAUCUAUUAUUGAUGCUAAAAACAAAUGUUUUUCAUAAUUUUUUUGUAUACGCAAAUAUAAAUACUUGGAUAUAUUCGUUUUGUUAUUACAAUGUG